AUGACCAAAUGGAAAUCCCCAAGUCCCUCAUGGCACAAAUUAAACUUUGAUGGGGAAGCCCACAAUAAUUGGCAAGCCAGAGGUGGUGUUAUAAGAGAUCAUCAGGAUGGUCUUAUCUCCACCUUCGUUGGAAGCUUGAGGAAUCAUACUGUCAACCAAGUUGAGAGAAUGGCCCUUUUAUGGGGAAUGAAGCUCGCCAUUGCUAUAGGUAUCAGACAAAUUGAAAUUGAAGGUGAUUCAAAAAUAAUUGUGGAGGUUGUCAGUGGAAGAACUGCGACGGGUUGGAAAGUGGAAGCAAUAUUGAGGGAUGUCAGAAUGCUACUAGCUAACCUUGACAGUUUCACUAUCUGCCAUAUUUACAGAGAAGAGAAUGCAGCUGCCAACUCCAUGGCUACUAUCAGCAUGUUGCAAGAAGGCUUACGGUGUUGGAGGAAUGUUGAUCCGCUGCCAGUGAUCACCAAGGAGAUCCUGGAGAGAGAAAGACUAGGUGUUAAAAAUGUUUCCCCCCCUCUGCUUUAG